AUGACAACAAAAACAAACCAACGUGUAGUAAGGGUUUCUUUCUGCCUGAGUCGGCAGGGUUGAAUUAUUAUUAGUACCUAUGUAUUACUGAAAGAAAAGCCUCGCUUAACCAUGUCUAGCUAUUUUGAGUUUUUCUGCCAGAACUUAGCUUGUAAGAGUACACAGAAUGCAGAUAGAAUAUUAGGCACUUGUUAUUCUAUGUGUCCUGAAGAUGAAGUCAAAUUGCGUGAGGCUGAACGCCUGGUUCAUGUAUUAGAAGUAUGGGGGAGUGAGAGAAAGCUUGUGAAAAGCUACAGUAGAUCAGCAGCGGACUCCAAUAUGGCAGUACCACAUCUGCUGCGGCCAUACUCUGUGCUUGUCAACACUGUACAGUAUCUGCUGCUUGACAUCACAAGAAGGGUGGAUGUGCCUGAAUCAGUAAUGUAUGACUUUGUGAAUGAUCGCCUGAGGGCUGUGAGACAGGACAUCACCAUCCAGAGACUUCAUCCCACGCAAUGUGUUGACCUGUUAGAGCCUAUGAUUAGAUUCUAUGUUUACUAUGGAUAUGUAUUAUCAGGACACCCUCUAAAGGACUAUGAUCCAGUCCUGAACAAGAAGUACUUGUUAGAAUGUUUGAAAUGGUACCUCUCAUGCUGUGACAUCAUUGCCAAAGAGGAGGGGCACAUAGAUAAGCUUUCAGAUUUUUUUUCUAGUUUAGACUUAAAUACUAGAGGGAAAACUAAAACUAAACUUGUCAAUGAUCAAGUGUUGUUAGAAAGUUUGUACAUAUUGUGCAAUCUUGAUGACUUGCAUCCACUAUACAGGUAUCUUAAGAUGGCCAAAGAUCUUAAAGGACAAGAAAAACUUAAAUUAUCUUAUGAAAUAGCAAUAGCAAAUCUUCAAGGAAAUUAUGUGAAAGUGUGUAGACUAUCAGAAAAGCUGUGCCCUCUCCUAUACUGUGCCAUAAGUACCUAUUUACCAAUAUUGCAAAGGCGUGCACUUAAUGUUAUGAGUUCUGCAUAUAACAACAAACGCUUGACAGUACCAAGUGCUGCACUUGUGCGCUGGCUGGGCUUCAGUACGGACAGAGAUGCAAGUACCGCAUGUUCACAUUACGGGCUUCAAGUGAACGAUAACAUGGUACGGUUUGAUAAAACCGACUUCAAAACAGAUGCACGUUUGCAUAUCCCUGUGAUUCGGAACAUAAGAAAGAAGUUUGAAGUUAGUCUGAUUGAUAUAUUUACCUAUGAAACAUGUAAAUAGCAUUACAUGUGCAAAGUGCAAUAUAAUUUGAUUAUGGAAGCUAAAACUAAAAUAAAACAAUCGAUCUUUAUAAAGGAAUC